AUGGGAAACCUCCCCAUCGAACCAUUCCAGCCACUAGACCUAGACCUCUUCUCCAAAGAAUCCAAAGCGGUCGUCGACUUCAUCUCCGACUACUACCGCGACAUAGAACGCUUCCCCGUUCGCAGCCAAGUAAAGCCGGGCUAUCUCCGCAACCUCAUUCCCGACACCCCUCCCCUCUUCCCCUCACCCAUCACCACCAUUCUCCACGACAUCAAAACAGACAUCUUUCCCGGCCUCACCCACUGGCAAAGCCCCAAUUUUUAUGCCUAUUACCAAGCCAACGCUAGCUCUGCCGGCUUCGCCGGAGAGAUGCUCUGUUCCGGCCUCAACGUCGUCGGAUUCAGCUGGAUCGCUUCCCCUGCCGCCACCGAGCUUGAAACCAUCGUUAUGGACUGGAUGGCCAAUAUGCUCAAACUCCCACCAACUUUUCUUUCUGGCGGACUCGGCGGCGGCGUCAUCCACGGCAGCACGUGCGAAGCCGUGGUCUGCACGCUUGCCGCGGCAAGAGAUAAUGCUCUGAGCCAGAGCAAUGGCGAAGGGAUCACAAAGCUGACGGUAUAUGCAUCUGAUCAAACGCAUUUUACAUUUCAAAAGGCAGCGAAGCUGGUUGGAAUUCCGACCAGAAACUUUCGGGUGAUAUCGACGUCGGCGGAGACAGGGUAUGCGUUGACGGCGGAGAGCGUGAGGGCGGCGAUGGAUGCUGAUGUAGUGGCGGGGAUGGUGCCGUUGUAUUUGUGUGGAACGGUGGGGACAACGGCGGUGGGGGCGGUGGACCCAUUAAGGGAGAUCGGGGAAGUGGCGAGGGAAUUCGGGGUGUGGUUCCACGUGGACGCAGCGUGCGCCGGGAGCGCUGCUAUUUGCCCGGAGUUCAGGUGGUACUUUGAUGGAUUGGAGACGGCGGAUUCGUUUAGUAUGAAUCCACACAAGUGGCUGCUUGCGAAUAUGGACUGCUGCUGCCUUUGGGUAAGGUGCACGACGAAAUUGAUAGACUCGCUGUCAACCAAGCCAGAGAUAUUGCGGAACACCGCAGCUGAAGUCGGCAAUGUGAUCGACUACAAAGAUUGGCAGAUCGCACUGAGCCGGAGGUUUCGCGCCAUGAAAUUGUGGGUGGUCAUUAGGCGUUUCGGCCAGGCUAAUUUGAUGGAGCACGUGAGGAGUGAUGUGGACAUGGCAAAGCAUUUCGAGAAACUUGUCGCUGAAGAUGAGAGGUUCGAUUUGGUUGUGCCACGACGAUUGACGCUUGUUUGCUUUAAAUUGAGGGUUGAUAAAAAUGAGGGGAAGAAGUGUAGGGAGAUGAACAUGAAGUUGCUUGAUUCGGUGAAUGGAAGCGGGAAAGUAUUUAUGACACAUGCGGUCGUUGGUGGGGAAUUCGUGUUGCGGUUUGCGGUUGGUGGGACGCUGACGGAGAAACAACAUGUGGAAGCAACUUGGAAGCUGGUUCAGGAGAAGGCAAGUGAAUUGUUGAUGACUGGUUGGAAGUAAAGGGCAUAGCUUAAUUCUACUGGUUCAUGAUAUGUAAUAA